AAGAGAGGAGGAGGAGGAGGAGGAGGAGGAGGGGUUUAGACUGGGAGAAGUUUGACACGAGUGCAGGCUGUUACUGGGAUACACAUAGGAAGUGUGCGUACCAGUUCGGGAUAAACCAUUCCGGGUUUGGCACGGAUAGGCGUGCCUCCAGAGGCUGAAGUUUGUUAUUAUUACUCCUGGGAUAAUCAUAAGCCCCCCCCCCCCGCAGCUCGUGCCUGGAUCUUACACUGUGUCUGCAUGGCGCACGGUGCUGACACUUUUUAGCGGUCAGCCUGCGCGGUGCACGCCGGGGCAGGGAGCCUCUCAGGCGGGGAAGUACAACACGAAGAGUCGCGGACCUACUGGAGGUUUUAUUUUUGUGAUAUUACUUUUUUUUAACCGGAUCUGUUCCCCCCCUCCCCUCCCCUGGAGACUUCUGUUUUUGUGUGUGUCAGUUUCCCUGACAGUGAGUUUGUUUUGUUGGAACUUGCUGUCGUCGUGGAGGGAUCUCUGCAGACCUGGAGACACAGAGUGAUCAGUACAAACACCGCCCUGUGUGUGAGGAGUGUAUGUGGUUAACACUGAAGUAGAACCGAGCCGAGCCGAGCCAUGCCAGUGAGGAAGAAAGAUGCACAGCGGGCCCUGCUGCUGCUGGAGGAUUAUCGGGCGAAACUGCACAACGCCGAGGACCGGCAGCUCCGAGGCUCCAUCCAGAGAGUCAUCGACAUCUUCCAGAGCAACCUGUUCCAGGCGCUCAUCGAUAUCCAGGAAUUUUACGAAGUGACCUUAUUGGACAGUCAGCGGUGGGGGGAGUCGUCGAAGCCGGCGGACCCCAUGGCGCCCGUCCAGCUGUGGGACUUCUCCAGCCUCCAGAGCCCGACGGCCACCUCCGAUACGCUGCCCAGCCUUAGCACCAGCAUCGAGAAGUACCGGCACCAGGAUGAGGAUUCGUCUCCUCAGGACUCCCCCCAGCUGACAGAGGAGGGGGGGGGUCCGGAGUUGGUUCAGGUGGCGGAGAAAAACCUGUCACUGAUCGAGAACGUCCACGGAUACGUAGCGCACGCUCACAUCUCACCUAUGAAGGAAGUUGCUCUGGAGUCCAUCUUUGACGGUUCCUCAGCGUUCCUCCCGGAGCUCCCCUCCCCCACAUCCUCCACCCUCUAUAGCCCCGGAGAGGACAGCCCCCUCCCCUCCUGCUCCUCCAACCCCUACCCCCCUAUCCAGGCCAACCCUCCCCCCGUGGUGGUCAACACAGAAAGCCUGGACACGCCUCCAUAUGUGAACGGGACGGAGGCUGACUAUGAGUACGAGGAGAUCACGCUGGAGAGGGGGAACUCGGGGCUGGGCUUCAGCAUCGCCGGUGGCACCGAUAACCCCCACAUCGGGGAGGACCCGAGCAUCUUCAUCACCAAGGUGAUCCCCGGGGGGGCAGCGGCACAGGACGGGAGGCUCAGGGUGAAUGAUGUGAUCCUGAGGGUGAACGAGGCGGACGUGCGGGACGUGACCCACAGUCGGGCCGUGGAGGCGCUAAAGGAGGCCGGCUCGCUGGUUCGGCUCUACGUCCGCCGGAGGAAACCGGUCUCUGAGAAAGUGAUGGAGCUCAAACUGGUGAAGGGACCCAAAGGUCUGGGCUUCAGUAUAGCGGGGGGCGUUGGGAACCAGCACAUCCCGGGCGAUAACAGCAUCUACGUCACCAAGGUGAUCGAGGGAGGAGCCGCUCACAAAGACGGGCGUCUGCAGAUCGGAGACAAGCUGCUGGCUGUCAACAGUGCGUGCCUGGAGGAGGUGAGCCACGAACACGCCGUCACUGCCUUGAAAAACACUCCUGACGUGGUCUACUUGAAAGUGGCUAAACCCAACAGUGUCUUCAUGAAUGACAGCUUCGCCCCCCCCGACCUCACCAACUCGUACUCCACGCACAUGGAGAACCAUAUCAGCCCCCCCAACUUCCUGGGUCAGCCCCUCCCCCCACCGGCCUCCUCCGGACGUUAUUCCCCGACGCCCAAGAGCAUGCUGGGAGAGGACGACGUCACGCGGGAGCCCAGGAAAGUGGUUCUGCACAGAGGAGCGACCGGCCUGGGCUUUAACAUCGUGGGGGGGGAGGACGGAGAGGGCAUCUUCAUCUCCUUCAUCCUCGCUGGAGGACCAGCUGACCUCUGUGGAGAGCUGAGGAAAGGAGACAGACUGGUCUCUGUGAACGGAGUGGAUCUGAGAAACGCGACCCAUGAGCAGGCGGCCGCCGCCCUGAAGAACGCCGGGCAGACGGUUACCAUCAUCGCACACUACAGACCGGAGGAGUACAGCCGGUUCGAGGCGAAGAUCCACGACCUGCGGGAGCAGAUGAUGAACAGCAGCAUCAGCUCGGGGUCUGGAUCCCUGAGGACGAGUCAGAAGAGGUCGCUGUACGUCAGAGCGCUGUUUGACUACGAUAAGACCCGGGACUCGGGCCUGCCCAGUCAGGGUCUGGACUUCAGGUUUGGGGACAUCCUGCACGUGGUGAACGCCUCGGACGACGAGUGGUGGCAGGCCAGACACCUGGCGGGGGGGCAGGACGAGACGGGGGUGAUCCCCAGCAAGAGGAGAGUGGAGAAGAAGGAGCGAGCGAGGUUAAAGACGGUGAAGUUCAACGCCAAGUCUCGAGAGCGAGGGUCUCUCAAUGACAAGCGUAGAAAGAACCUCUUUUCCCGAAAGUUCCCCUUCUACAAGAGCAAAGAGGCGAGCGAGCAGGAGACCAGCGACGUCGACCAACAAGUGACAUCUAACGCCAGUGACAGUGAGAGCAGCUACCGUGGACAAGAGGAAUACGUUCUGUCGUAUGAACCCGUCUCUCAGCAGGAAGUGAACUACACCCGUCCCGUCAUCAUCCUCGGCCCGAUGAAGGACCGCAUCAACGACGACCUGAUCUCCGAGUUCCCCGACAAGUUUGGCUCCUGCGUGCCCCAUACGACCCGGCCGAAGCGGGACUAUGAGGUGGACGGCAGGGACUACCACUUUGUGGUUUCCAGAGAGCAGAUGGAGAAAGACAUCCAGGACCAUCGCUUCAUCGAGGCCGGCCAGUACAACAACCACCUGUACGGGACCAGCGUGCAGUCCGUCCGGGAGGUGGCCGAGAAGGGUAAACACUGCAUCCUGGACGUGUCGGGGAACGCUAUAAAGAGACUGCAGCUGGCUCAGCUUCACCCUAUCGCCGUCUUCAUCAAACCCAAAUCUGUGGAGAACAUCCUUGAGAUGAACAAGCGCCUGACGGAGGACCAGGGCAGGAAGACGUUCGACCGAGCCAACAAGCUGGAGCAGGAGUUCACGGAGCAUUUCACAGCGGUGGUGCAGGGCGACACUCUGGAGGAGAUCUACGAUCAGGUGAAGCAGAUCAUCGAGGAGCAGUCGGGCCCCUUCAUCUGGGUCCAGUCCAAGGAGAAGUUGUGAGGCUUUUAUUUUGAAAGGAAGAGUCCGCCUGCAGAUGGCAGCCCCCCCACCCACCACCACCAGCGUCUCGUUUCAUUUUGUCCCCUUUCGUUGGGUUUCCUGUCCACAGAGCAAAGCACACAGGAAGUACAAUGACAUCACAACUCACGGUACAGAUCCUUAAUGUUUAAGGCCGGAGGAGGAGGAGGAGGAGGAUGAAGAACAGGAGGAGGAGGAGGAGGAGUUAGUUUUUGUUUGGUGUGUUUCACUCUCAGGCCGACACAAAAAGCAGAACUUUGCACGUUUGAGCUUUAAGCAUGUCCGUUAAUAACGCCGUUUAUUUCCCAUCAGCCCCUUCUGACGUUCCUUCUUCUGCAUUUCAACGCUUUGUUUUUAUUUUACACACACACACACACACACACUUUUUUAUUUGGUUGCUGCUCGCUGCUGCAGGAUGGGAGGAUGCCGUGCAGAGUUCCUGCUCCGCCACAGGGGGGCGCUGUAUCCCUCUUUAAAUCUGGAAUACCUGUCUCCCCCCCCUCCUCCGGGUCACACUGUUCCACCUGCAGCGCAAAAACACCUUAACUCUGUUUCUUCUUCAACACUCAAUUCUCUUUAAAAAUAGUGAUUUAAAAAAUGAGAACAUCUGAGUUUUUCUGAAACAAAAUGAGGACGACUUCUAAAACAAACCGUUUCAGGAUGAGACGCACCGUCUGAUAAUCAAGGCUCAUAAUCACAAGCGAAUCAUCAUUUUCAUCAUCAGUUUCUCUUUUGGUAAAAAGGUUCUAUUAUCUCAUAAUUUUGGGGGAAAUAGGGAAUAUAAAUAUACAAAUAACUUCCCUGAAUACCUAAAAUCACGGGAUCAAAUUAUUUUUAAUUAACAGACAAAGAACCAGUUAAAGUACAAAGAAAGACAGAGUAUUUUUAUAAUCAUUUCAGAGUAAAAUACAUCAAAUAAACACAUUUAAUUUACAGAGUAUAUUUUAUAAAUCAAACAGAAAAAUAUAAGUAAUUUUCAUCUUUCCAAAACUAAGAAUUAUUCACUUAUUUAACAAUCUCACAAUUAUAUCUGUCAUUAUUGUUAAAAAUUACCAGACAUAAAGUUAAGAUGACUUAAUUACAAUAAAAAGUCCAAUAACUGAGAGACUCUUCCUUAUUCUGAAAUCACUGGACGAUAAUCUCAUCUCGUCAUAAUUAUUAUGAAUUACUUUCUAAAUAAGAUCUGUUGAUUUUAGGGAAAAUGACAGAAAGAAAAUCCUAAUGACUUGUAAUUUAAGAACUUGUUGUAAUGAUAGAAAAUAUUAUCUCAUGAUUUGGGAAACAUAAUUAUAAUUACACAAGAAAAAUAUUCAAUAUUCCCCAAACUGUUCCUAACUAUUGGAAAAAUAUUUAAAGAUUAUAUUUCUAACUAGAGAAUAUUUUCUUGUUUCUCAAAAUAAUAAAAUACCAUACCCUCCGUCUGUUUGAAGCGGAGCGCCUGCCGACGGUUCACAGUGUGACUCUGAUUUUAAACCUUCAAGAAACCAGAUUUUUAUUAACGAUUAUUUUUGUCGCUGUCGUCCGAGAAGCGCCCUCUGGUGGCGCGAGCUGGAACCGGUCCGCGGCGAACGCGAUGUCGAUCCCCAGAAGAUUUUAUGGUAAAAUGAGAUUUUGACAGAUAUUUAACCCUCGGUAAACUGCCUAUUUUGUUAUAAUGAAAGUCUAUAUUGAACUUUACUUAAGCACUACUACUACGGGAAUUGUUUUCUUUGCAUUGUUAAUCAUAUAUGAAUAGAAAAGUAUAAAGAUAUUUGAAUAUAUAUUUUUUCUGUUUCUUUGAUCACCACCUCCUCUGUCUUUUAAUUUCCUUUUUUAAGCGUAAUAAAAACUUAACAAGAAAA